CAGCCACCUUAAGGGCCGGGCGGGGCGGCCGGGGCGAAGGCUGGCGGAGGAGCUACCGGCGCGGGAUCCGAGUUAGGAUCCGAGUUGGGAUUCGAGUCGGGGUCAGAUCGCGCCGGCGAGGGAGCCAUGGCGUCGUCCGGGCCGGCGCAGCUGGUGCUACUGCUGCUCGUGCUGCCGGCGGGCGCGGCGCGGGCCGGCCUCCACUUCCGCCCGGGCCGCGGCUGCUACCGGCCCCUGCGGGGGGACCAGCUCACCCAGCUGGGGCGCAGGACAUAUCCCCGGCCUCACGAGUACCUGUCCCUAUCGGAUCUGCCCAAGAGCUGGGACUGGCGCAACGUGAAUGGGGUCAACUACGCCAGUGUCACCAGGAACCAGCACAUCCCCCAGUACUGUGGCUCCUGCUGGGCCCACGGCAGCACCAGUGCCAUGGCGGACCGGAUCAACAUCAAGAGGAAGGGAGCGUGGCCCUCCGUACUGCUGUCCGUGCAGCACGUGAUCGACUGCGGCAAUGCUGGCUCGUGCGAGGGGGGCAAUGACCUGCCGGUGUGGGAGUACGCCCACCGGCACGGCAUCCCCGAUGAGACCUGUAACAACUACCAGGCCAAGGACCAAGAGUGUGACAAGUUUAACCAGUGUGGAACAUGCACUGAAUUCGGAGAGUGCCACGUCAUCAAGAACUACACCCUCUGGAAAGUUGGCGACUACGGCUCCGUCUCCGGGAGGGAAAAGAUGAUGGCAGAAAUCUAUGCGAAGGGGCCCAUCAGCUGCGGUAUAAUGGCAACGGAGAAGAUGUCUAACUACACCGGCGGCAUCUAUGCUGAAUACCGCAACAGGGCCUACAUAAACCACAUAGUCUCCGUGGCCGGCUGGGGUGUCAGCCAUGGGACGGAGUACUGGAUCGUCCGGAAUUCGUGGGGCGAACCAUGGGGUGAGCGGGGCUGGAUGCGCAUCGUGACCAGCGCCUACAGAGGUGGCAUGGGUGCCGCCUACAACCUCGCCAUCGAGGAGAGCUGCACAUUCGGGGACCCCAUCGUUUAAGGCAGACGUCUCCAGAGGAGCGGCUCUUAAAGAGAUGAUCGCAUGAGCCGUAACCAGAGGGGAUCCCACCUUCACGGGCACUGGGGUGGUACUGCCGUGGUUUGAAGGAACUGGGGGUUGGCGGUCACAUACGUGAUGGCCGGUGACGGCCCUGGGCGCCCAGGAGGGACGGCCGCCGCGAUGCCGCACGGGCUGAACGCGUUCUGGGGUGGGGCGGGGAGUCGCGGCGGGGGGACGACCCAGCACCUGCACAGGACGGCUUCCUGCCGGGAGGACGGCAGCGCACCAUCUACCUGAAGAAGCGUGAGCCACCAGGCAGCGAAUGAUGUGACCUCCGUUUUCUUCAAUAAAUGAUCUGGCGACUGUGGUCUGUGAUGUAUUUAAGAGGUGGAACAUUUCAGACUUGUCAUCACCAGUUCCUCUGUCACCCUGCAGUCAAUGGUGGGGCCGAGGGGGGAUGGCGAUCUCAAGUUGCCCAAGGGAUGAAUAAAAUGCACACUUCACAGCAGAACUGAAUCUGAGUGUUUUAUUUACACACGAAAACAACAUUAACACCGGGACCUACACCUUCCAACCGCAGAAGGGCUUUUUAUUUGUUCUCGGAAAAUGAAAGCAAUUGCAAUGAUACGAACUAACCAAUGGAGCCUUGUGAGAAAACUUAAAUCAAUCAACUCUGAAAAUAGUUCAUCUAAGUGUCUCAGUUUCUGAAUUUCCACCCCCCGCCCCGGGGCUGACAGUUGGCUACAUCCCAAGAGGUGACGGGAACCUAGUUCCGCUACUGGGGAAAUACUGUAAACAGGACUUGGGGGCAGCCCUGGACUCACGAGGAGACGGGACUGUUCCUAGUAGCCGUUACACUGCUGACAUCUUCCUUUUUAAAAAAGUUAUCCACCUCCUCCCACCACAGCCCACUUCCAAGACGCUGACUGGGCCUCUUCAACAAUAGCUUCUGGAAAGGGUUUUUCCACAGCGGGUCUCCUGGAAUGUUCUGCUGCAGCUCUGGAGGAUGCGCUGAAUCAGUUCACCAAGAUGAAGUUAGACUUGCAGUGAGC